AUGGAUCCAAAGGGAGUGAGGCGCUCAGGCAACUUUGCCAAGAGGAAUUCAACCUCCACAAAGCUUUCCAGAAAGAUCGGCUGGUUGAACAAUCACGCUGGCCUCCAAGAGGAGAUCCGCUUCGCUGAUGUCAAGGAGCUCCUUGCCCAGGUUGGUGAUGAGGAGGCAUUUAUGAUUCUGCAGAAUUUGGAGAAGAAGGCCAGGGAUAUCCAAAAACCCACAAAUUACAUCAUCAGCUCCGCUCGCAAUAGUCUCGGCGGGAACAGGGGACGAGGCAACAGGACCCGGCCCCGUUUUUGGCCCAGCGCAGCUUUGCAUCGGCGUGGGGGGUAG